AUGUAUUUUUGUAUAAUAGUUAAUGGUUUAACUAUAAGAGGUUAUGUUAGAGAAUAAAAACUGUUAGUUAUUUUUGUCUUAUUCAGAUAUUAUGUACAAUGUAUGGCAAUUAAUAGUUAGUAUCGAACAUACGUAUGACAAAUAUUGAAACAUAAUUUUAUAAUAUUAUAAUAAUAAAAUCGAUGUAAACAGAUAUUUUUCAUUUUUAAUUUAAAUUAAAUGUUAUUUGUCAAAACUAAUACAUUGAUGCAGAUAGUAUAAUAUUGUGUUAAACGUUUUUAUAAUAUAAUUAUCAUUUAAUAUACAGUCAGUAAAUUUUAACCUUUAGAUUGAUAAUGAUUGAUAUAAUUUUUUACCUAAAUGUUGUUAUUCUUGUGGUAUUAUGUUAUUACUUCAAAUGGAAAAAUAGGCACUUUCAAAAACUGGCGGCUAGAAUGCCGGGACCUCUAUCGUACCCGAUUAUUGGAAUAGGAUAUCAAUUCCUCGGAUCAUCAGAAAAGAUCAUGAGCAAAAUUAUUGAUUAUACGAGAGAUUAUAAUCUAGAACCAUACAGAUUAUGGAUAGGACCAUAUUUUGCAGUUGUCAUUGUUAAGCCAGAAGACGUACAAAUUGUCUUAAAUAGUUCGAAGGCCCUUCAGAAAGACCGAAUAUACGAUUUUUUCAAGAAUAUUCUAGGUGAAGGUUUAUUUACUGCACCAGUGGACAAAUGGCGAGUACAUCGUCGCAUGAUCACUCCCGCUUUCAAUUUCAAACUUUUGAAACAAUUUUUCCCUGUGUUUAACGAGAAAACCGAAAUUCUUAUCAGGAAUGUUAAGAAAGAAUUAAAUGAAACACGAGCGUUCGAUCUCUGGGACUAUAUUGCACCUGCUUCUCUCGAUACUAUUUGUCAUACUACUAUGGGUUACAAUCUUGACACUCAGUCAAACAAUAAUGAGUGUGAAUUCGCCGAAGCACUUGAAAUAACUUCGGAGUUAGAUUCGAUACGAGCUUUCAAACCAUGGUUGUACCCAGAAAUCAUGUUUUCAAUGUAUUUAAAACUCACUGGACAGAAAAAAGUCUUCGAAACAGUGAAACAAUUUCCAUUACAAGUGAUAAAGGAAAAGAAAGAUGAAUUUGAACAAAGGAAAAAAGCAAUUGCUAAAAUAGACUCAAUCGACAAUGGCGAUGAAAACCAAUCAAAACUAUUUUUGGACAUAUUGUUCCAACUGAACAACGAUGGUGGAAACUUUUCAGAUGCCGAUAUUAGGGAUGAGGUUGUAACGAUGAUGACUGGGGGCAGUGAAACCAGUGCUAUCACAAUCUGUUUUUGUCUAUUGAUGUUAGCUAUACAUCAAGAUAUCCAAGAUAAAGUUUACGAUGAAAUUUACAAUAUAUUUGGUGGAAAUGACCAAAUAAUAACCAUUGAAGACAUUACUAAAUUAGUGUACUUGGAAAAAGUGAUAAAAGAAACCCUUCGAUUAUAUCCUGUAGGACCAUUGCUUCUCAGAAAAAUUGAAGAAGAUCUUAAAAUAUUUUCAAGUGAUUACGUACUGCCAAAAGGAACAACGUGUGUUAUUGGUCCAAUAGGCACACACCAUAGUCCUGAUUUGUACCCAAACCCUUGGUCUUUUAAUCCUGAAAAUUUCAGCCCUGAAAAUAUCGCUAAACGCCAUAAAUAUAGCUUUAUUCCUUUUAGUGGUGGUCCAAGAGGUUGCAUAGGAUCCAAAUAUGCCAUGUGGUCGAUGAAAGUCACUGUGUCAACAUUUUUGCGACAUUAUAGCGUACAUACAGAUAUCAAAUUAACAGACAUUAAGUUAAAAUUAGUUUUAUUGGUGAGAAGUGUUCAUGGUUAUCCUGUAACAAUUCGACCAAGAGACAGAAGACCAACAUACAACCGAAAUUAGAAUCUGCUGGGAUGACACUAGUUAUGAUGAUUAGUCAUUAGUAUAUUUUGAAUAUUUUUGUGUUAGAUAUUGAUAAUAUUAGUCAACUGGUUUAUUUGCCUGUGUGGUCUUAAGUAUCAUAAUAAACGAUGAUAUUAUUAUAUUAAGUAUUUAAGUAGGUAUUAUUCUAUUCUGUAGUUUUACUGUAUGUUUCGAAAUGUGAAUCACUGGAAUAUAUGUUGCUACAUUUGAAUUAAAUAAUAUAAUUUCAUUCAGCCAUUA